AUGGGUGGCUCUCAGUUCAGUGGUCUUCCAAAUGGGAAAAUUGUACAAUGUAAAUUUUAUCUCGCUGAUGCAGGAUUCGCCAAUAUGCCGCAGUUUAUUACUCCAUAUCGUGGUGUCCGUUAUCACUUGAAGGAAUUUGGUGGAAAUCGUCCAAAAUGUGCAAAGGAAUUAUUCAAUCUCCGACAUGCAUCGUUACGGAAUGCAAUUGAACGUACUAUCGGUAUACUUAAAAGACGCUUCACUAUUUUGCAACUGCAGCCUCAAUAUCCAUUCGAAUCACAAGUGAAAAUUGUACUUGCAUGUUGCAUCCUUCAUAACCACAUCCGCAGAGAGUGCAUUAAUGACUUGAUUUUCGAUGAUGAGAACUUACAAAACCUACUAGAAACCGAUCCAAGAAUGCAACAAGACAGUGAAUGCCCUACACUUGGGAGAAAUAGACAACGAGAAGUAGCUUCAGAACUUCGAACUUCAAUCGCAGAUGCAAUGUGGAAUGAUUAUCAGUGUCGCCGCCACGGCUAA